GGGCAAAGCAGCCCGGAGGGUGAGCCGGAAGGCGGCGCGCGGCUACCGCGCGUGCGCACACCGGCGGCAUAACUCAAGCUUUUGACAAUGGCCGAGCUUGGGGAAGCGGACGAAGCGGAGUUACAGCGUCUAGUGGCCGCGGAGCAGCAGAAGGCGCAGUUCACUGCGCAGGUGCAUCACUUCAUGGAACUAUGUUGGGACAAAUGUGUGGAGAAGCCAGGAAAUCGGCUAGACUCCCGCACUGAAAACUGCCUCUCUAGCUGUGUGGACCGCUUCAUUGACACUACUCUUGCCAUCACCGGCCGGUUUGCCCAGAUCGUACAGAAAGGAGGGCAGUAGGCCGAACCUCAGAAUGACAGAAGACCCAAAAGACUUGUUACUAAACAGACUGAAUGGCUACUGGAGAAAGAGUUGUCAACGUGAAGAAGGUUAGCAUCAGGCAGUUACCAAAUCUGUUGGUGCUAAAAAGUAACAGAUCAAAUGUCCAAAAGUGAAAUUUUAUUUAUUGGAAUUCAAUAAUUCCAGGUUGUAUCACACCAGUUAAUAAAUGUGAAGUCUCCAA